AAUAACUACUAUUAAUGCAACAGAGCCCGUGUCGCAGCUGACAGUCAGCUGGUGGCCUCUAACAGUUGAGAAAAGUUGGGUUUCUGUAGGCUUCGGAUAUGUUAAUUAGCUCUCUUAGUGUGCGACCCUAUUGGCUCUUCGUCCGAGUCAAUUUCCCAUUUCCAGCCUGACGUCAGGGCAGCCACAAUGCUCUUAAACUCAUCUGCUGUGUGAUCCCUCUAAAAAAUCGCCCCACCAGUCAGCGGUUUCUAACGUGCGCGGCUACAUUCACUGCCUGACUCUCGGCUUGUUUCCCUCUCCGCUUGCGUAAUGUAUUCCAGAAGAAGCCGUAAAGUGUUAAAUGUUUGAAAUACAAAACCGCCGUGUUUCACAUGCUGAACAAGGACUCCGCUACUCGUGCGCGCGGCACUGCUGUGUCUGUGCAAUAGACUCUGCAAAGAAAAACUACUCUCACACGUCUGCAAGUCCGUGGCUGCAAAAGGGACGCUGAAAACCUCAAUUUUUGUUUUUAGUUUCAAGACAAACGCUUAAAAAUCAAACUGGCUCACGUUCUUCCAAACCAGCCCGGUUUGACAGCUGCUCUUCACCCCAUUUGGAGGACUGUCAGCAGCAAGAGGAUGGCAUCAGAGCUGGCAAUGAGCAACUCCGACCUGCCCACCAGUCCCCUGGCCAUGGAAUAUGUUAAUGACUUCGAUCUGAUGAAGUUUGAAGUGAAAAAGGAGCCGGUGGAGCCCGAUCGCAACAUCAGCCAGUGCAGUCGCCUUAUCGCCGGGGGAUCCUUGUCUUCCACCCCGAUGAGCACGCCUUGCAGCUCAGUGCCCCCUUCCCCAAGCUUCUCGGCGCCCAGUCCAGGCUCGGGGAGCGAGCAAAAGACACACAUAGAGGAUUUCUACUGGAUGUCCGGUUAUCAACAGCAGUUGAAUCCAGAGGCGCUGGGCUUCAGCCCCGAAGACGCAGUGGAGGCGCUGAUCAACAGCAGUCACCAGCUCCAGUCUUUCGAUGGCUACUCCAGGGGCCAGCAGUUUGCUGGCGCAGCCGGAGCAGGCGGCACCAUGGCCGGGGAAGAGAUGGGGUCCGCCGCGGCAGUGGUGUCGGCAGUCAUCGCAGCGGCGGCUGCUCAGAACGGAGCGCAACACCACCACCACCACCAUCACCAUCACAGCAACGGCCACCACCAGGCACCCGGCAUCCAGUCCAACGGCACUUCUGGGACAAAUCACCCACACAUGCGCUUGGAGGACCGUUUUUCAGAUGAGCAGCUGGUGACCAUGUCAGUGCGGGAGCUCAACCGGCAGCUACGGGGGGUCAGCAAGGAAGAAGUGAUCAGAUUGAAACAGAAGAGGAGGACCCUAAAGAACAGAGGCUACGCUCAGUCCUGUCGGUUCAAGCGGGUCCAGCAGCGGCACGUCCUGGAGGGGGAGAAGACGCAACUCAUUCAGCAAGUCGAGCACCUAAAGCAGGAGAUCUCCAGGCUGGUCCGGGAGAGGGACGCGUACAAAGAAAAGUAUGAGAAGCUCAUCAGCAACGGCUUCAGAGAAAAUGGAUCCAGCAGUGACAACAACCCUUCAUCCCCGGAGUUUUUCAUGUCAUCAAGAAAAUUCCUCCAUCUGUGAUUUCACGCCCUCUUCCUCUGUGCCCUUGGAUCCUUGAGAUACAACGACUGAGCAGCAACAAUAUCAGAGUGGCUGACCAAUCGCAAGAAGACACCUACAAAGCACAACAUUUAAAAUGAAGAACAAGAGACAAGAUCUGCUAGAAUCCCUCAAAAUCCCCACAGUGAAAUUGUUGAAAGCCUCUUAUUACUCAAGUUUCCUUCCUUGGUAUUUUACCUCCUGCUUUUUUCUACAAAACACAAGAAAAGAAGAAAAAUUUAAUAAAGACAGACUCAUAAUCAUGAGAUGAUUGACCAUGCCUGAUCAAAACACUGGAAAGACAAUUUUCUCUUUAGUGAGAAGAACAAUUAUGCAUGCUUCUGUAAAUAGCUCACUAUAAAACCCUAUAAUUCCUAACAUAGGAAACAUACCAAGUUGCUAUCACCAAAUUCAUAAAUCAUUACUGUGGGUAGAGAACUUAUGGUUUGAUAUUUUCCAUUUGAAAUUAGUCUUCUUCUCAACAGUUCAGGGUCCAUGAAAUUAUCAGUUUACACAUCAUUUCUGUAGUCCUUUGAGUUAUUUGAACUGUAAAACAUUGUACUACUUACUCUUUAUGUAACAAUCUAGUCUUCCUCUCCAAUAUCCACACUAGUUCAUGUAAAUAGAUGUGAAUGAAGACAACAGCAUGGACCAGACAAUAGUGUAUAUUUACCAUCUUGUUAGACCACCAAAAUCUGUAUGUGGAUAUUCCAGACAACCUUUUGAAAAGUUUAAUAUACAACUUUUUUCGCUGAUAUCUAAAGAUAUAGUCCCAGGUAUCUGGACACUCUUCCUGUAUAUUUGAAUAGAUGCAUAAAGGCAUUAGCUAUAUGUAUUGGUAUUAUUUGAGCACCCUACAAGGAUUAUAAAGCAGCAAUUCCUUUGGUUUCAUUACUUAGUUCCACUGGGAAACAGUUAAACUGAAUAGGAAAAGCAGGCAUGCCACGAGCCUGACAUAGCACCUUUAAGAUUUGCUUUUAACAUUUCACAUAUGAUUUUAUAUUACUAUUUAAAAUUGCCUCCUGAAUACACAAGUGUUUCCCACUGCAAUAACUGCCCCCACCCCUCUCAGUGCUGAUGUAUUAACUGAUGUAGUAAAGCUGCUGUUGGUCUAAAAGGGACAUGCUUUUUUCUUUGCAUGGUUUGAAACUGUGCUCCUGUCCUGAGCCUACACAUGGGGGGAAAAAUCCACCUCACUGACUGUGAUGUAGACAUGAGGACUCUGACCUUCGUCUUCCAUGGAGAUAACCAAAUGGACUGACAGAUAAGACGCUGAGCCAAUGAACGGACAACUUCAAAGAUUAGAUCCUCACUGGUGAAGACAGUCAACCUUUGCAUGGACAGGGAAAAUACUAGCUUGUUGAACACCUCAUCUCCACCAUCAUGCAUCCUCUACCUCUGGACACGUGCUGUGU